CCCCACUCUCUCUCUCUCUCUCUCUGUCUCUCUCUCUCUAGCGAUGUCGAGGGUUCUACAAUGGAGCAGGCUCCGCGAUGCGGCGGCGCGCGCCGCCUCUGUCGCGGGGCGCCGCCGCGAGAUCUACCGCUCGGAGCGGUACAAAUGCGAGGGGGGCGGCGGCGGCGGCGGCGGCGGAGGCGGCGGUGGUGGGGAUCCUUCUUGGCGGAUCCGAGCCGAGGCCAAUUGUCCCCGGUGCUCGAACCACAUGGAGCUCCUCUUCUCCACCCGCCCCCUUCCUCCGGUGGCGCCGGCGCCGGCUCAGCCUCUGCCGCCGCACGACGGCGCAUCCGGUGGGGACGGAUCCGGCGGAUACAAAGCCGUCAACCUUUGCCCUAGCUGCCGCUCCGCAUUCCUCUUCCGACCCCACAAGCUCGUCCCCCUCCAGGGGAGCUUCGUCGAGAUCGGGCGCAUCCGAUCCGAUCAGGGUGUAGCUGGAUCGGAGGAGGAGAUCGGGGAUCGGAUCCGCGCCUCGUUCUUAGAGGCGAUGAGGUUGUCGGGGGGCGUAGGGCAAUUGGAGGAUCGGCCGCCGCCAAUGCCGGGCCCGAUGAUGCCGCCUCCGCCACCACCUGGCGGGAAUGAGGUUGCGGUGCAUACGCUGCCACCGCUGACCGCAGCGCAGGUGAAGGGGAGGGGAAGGGGGAUGGAGAAGGAAGGGGGAGGGGGAUCGGCGGAUCGGGGGAGGUCAGGGCGGAAGGAGUGGUGGGGUGGGGCGAAUUUGGGGAAGGAUCUGCCGACGCCCAAGGAGAUCUGUAAGGGGCUCGAUAGAUUUGUGAUCGGGCAGGAGAGAGCUAAAAAGGUGCUUUCAGUGGCUGUUCACAACCAUUACAAGAGAAUUUAUCAUGCAUCCUUGCAGAGAGGAUCCUCAGCCGAUGCAGGGAACCCUGAGAUUGCAACGGAUGAUUCUGAUAACAUAGAGCUAGAGAAAAGCAAUGUGCUCUUGAUGGGGCCGACUGGCUCAGGGAAAACAUUGCUUGCAAAAACAUUAGCCCGCCUUCUGAAUGUGCCAUUCGUUAUUGCUGAUGCGACGACCCUAACCCAGGCUGGUUAUGUUGGAGAAGAUGUUGAAUCAAUAUUGCACAAGUUGCUUAUGGUUGCCGAUUUCAAUGUGCAAGCAGCUCAGCACGGAAUUGUGUACAUUGACGAAGUUGAUAAGAUAACUAAGAAGGCUGAGAGUCUUAAUAUCAGUAGAGAUGUAUCUGGUGAAGGUGUUCAACAAGCAUUAUUGAAGAUGCUAGAAGGAACUAUAGUUACUGUUCCAGAGAAGGGAGCUCGAAAACAUUCUCGUGGUGACAGCAUACAGAUAAAUACAAAAGAUAUUCUUUUCAUAUGCGGUGGUGCUUUUGUUGAUUUGGAGAAAUGUAUUUCAGAAAGACGGCAAGAUUCUUCAAUAGGAUUUGGAGCACCUGUCCGCGCGAACAUGAGAAAUGGUGGGUUGACCAAUGCCCUAGUGACUUCAUCCUUACUAGAAUCAGUGGAAAGUGGCGAUCUCAUAUCGUAUGGUCUAAUUCCAGAAUUUGUCGGACGAUUUCCCAUACUUGUUUCCUUGUCCAUGUUGAAUGAAGAUCAGCUUGUUCAGGUUCUUACAGAGCCAAAGAAUGCUCUUUGCAAGCAAUACAAGAAAAUGUUUAGCAUGAACAAGGUUAAGCUCCAUUUUAUCAACACCGCACUUCGGAUGGUUGCAAUGAAAGCAACGGCCAAAAACACUGGUGCACGAGGUUUAAGGGCUAUUUUGGAAAGUGUUCUUAUGGAGGCCAUGUAUGAGAUACCGGAUGUAAAGACCGGAAAUGAGCGAGUAGAUGCAGUUGUCGUGGAUGAGGAAGCCAUUGGAUCCAUUGAGAGACCAGGGUGCGGAGCUAAAAUUCUCCGAGGAGACGGCGCAUUUAACCAAUACUUACUGGAAAAUAAAGAAAAGAAUUUUACGGGUAAAGAUCACAUCUCUGAGGUCGUGGAAGCCGAAGAAGCAUACCUUAUGUCGAGAACGAUUAGUUUGUGAUUCUUCGACCACUUUUAACUAACAUGUAACAUGUUAAUCUUCUUCCAGAUCCCCAACUUAUACACACAUUUUGAUUGUUUUCAUAUUUAUUUCGGUGAAUUAAUCCAAUUCAAUUGUUUGUAUGAUUUGUAACAAGCAGGAGUUGCACUUCAAUCAAGCAACUUCCCUGCUAAUUUUAAUAAAUGGCUCUUUUUUUUUUUCUUGA